CUCCAAAUCCAGUCUGCAUCGCGUCAGUCUCUACAGCUCACUUGGGACGUAACAGUUAAAGCUCCUCGGGUUUGUUUCUUUUUCAUAUUCUGUCAUAUGACACCACACAGGGAAUACUUUGGAAAUUUGGGAGCAACAGGUGGUGGCUGCGGCCCAGUAGCUUGUGUGAUAGUGGAAGAGUAAAGGAUUCUGCCUUUCACAGUUGGGUCCCAUUAGAGAAGAAAUCCAACCCAUUUUUGUUGAACGUAAGGAAAGCCCACUGGGGUCUCUGUCAGUCCCCAGUCUUAUUUCUUCGGCAGCUGAAAAGCAUUAAGAUAAUUCUCCAGUGAAAAGUGCAUCAUGAAAGAGACUUACAUUUCAAGCUUCAUAUCCAUGGAGGGUUAACAUCUUUUGUUAUGGAGACGCGGUCAUAAAUUGCAAAAAUCUAAGCAGAUUUUCCAUAAAAAGAGAACAAUGAACUGUUCUGCUUGGCUGCUCAUCCUAAUUGCUUUUCUCAUGAUGGGACAUUGUCUACCAAAAUCAAGUAAUGCAAAGCAAAUGAAAACAGCCAAAUCAUUGGAGCGGCAUGUACUACAUCGCAGAGUGCGACGGGGCUGGAUAUGGAACCAAUUCUUUAUCCCAGAGGAGAGCACAAAAAUGCAGUACGUUGGCCAGAUCAGAUCUGAUUAUGAUAAGGGGAACCUUUCUAUAAAGUAUAUACUUUCAGGAGAUGGAGCAGGAAGUGAUUUUAAAAUUGACGAAAACACUGGCAAAAUCUAUAGUAUCAAGAGGCUGGAUCGAGAGAAAAAGGCAUUCUACACAAUGCGAGCGCAAGCAAUUGACAAAAAGACCAUGCAACCUGUGGAGCCGGAGUCAGAAUUUAUUAUUAAGGUUCAGGAUAUAAAUGACAAUAAACCAGUGUUUCAAAAUGAACCUUACAUUACUAGCAUUCCAGAAAUGUGUGCACCAGGAACUUCAGUCAUACAAGUGACAGCCACAGAUGCUGAUGAUCCAAGCUUUGGGAAUGGUGCCAAGAUCAUCUACAGUAUCCUCAAGGAGCAGCCAUACUUCUCGGUGGAACCAAAGACAGGUAUUAUUUUUACACUUUCACCUGAUAUGGACAGAGAAAUAAAAGACCAAUACUUGGUAAUCAUACAAGCAAAAGACAUGGCUGGACAGAGUGGUGGUUUCUCUGUGACGACAACCGUGACAAUUAACUUGUCUGAUAUUAAUGACAAUAGUCCAAAAUUCCGAGAGAAGAUGUACCGUUUUUUCAGUCCUGAAGACGCUCCUGUUGGUGCAAUUAUUGGACGAAUUAUGGCUGAUGACAGUGACACAGGAGCAAACGCGGAAGUGAACUACACCAUUAAGGAACUGGAUAGCUUUGAUACGUUUGAUGUAAUUAAUGACCAUAAAACUCAAGAAGGAAUUAUCAUAUUGAAACGGACUCUCGAUUUUGAAAGUAAAUCAAGAUUUCACCUUAGAGCUGAAGCAAUCAACAGAUACACGGACCCCGAGCUUGACAGUAGUCAACUGACCGAUGUGACUGAUGUGAAGAUCACUGUUGGAGAUGUGGACGAGCCUCCAGUUUUCAUGACUGACUUCUACUUGUUGAACAUUACUGAAAAUGCACCACCAGGCUCAAUUGUUGGCACGGUGACAGCAAAAGACCAAGAUGAGGAUGACAGUCCUAUUAGGUACUCAAUUAACCACUGGACCAACACCAAGAGAAUCUUUAAAAUAGAUAUUUACAAUGGAUCAAUCACUGCUGUUAAGCCUUUAGAUCGAGAGGCAGCAUUUUGGCACAACAUAACAGUUUCAGCAACCGAAGCCAAAAAGCAUGGUUUAGUGUCAAAAGUUUCAGUUAUAAUAAGAGUUAUUGAUGUCAAUGAUAAUGCACCAGAAUUUCCAAAGCAAUACACUCCAUUCGUCUGUGAAACUGCCAAGCCAGGCCAGCUUAUUCAAACAAUAAGUGCAGCAGACAAAGAUGACCCUGUGAAUGGUCAUCAUUUCUACUAUAUGUUGGAGUCUGGGGUAAACAAAAAUCCAAAUUUCACUUUAAAGGAUAACCAAGGAUUCAUAGCUUCAGACAAAAAGGUGACAUGA